GUUUGAACAAAAAAAAGAUACAAUGCAGCAAUCAAAGACGGUUCUGAAAUAUGUUUCCGUCUUUAUUUUGGUCACUCUCCCUAUCCUUGUCUUCUUCUCUACACAACAACACAAACCUUCCUUCAACGCCCAAAAAGAUCUCAUCAAGAUCCGACCCGGUUACACGUCUUACGAUUACUACAUCCAACGUCAGCUCAACAAGACGCUUAACCCUAGGCUACGUACGAUAUGGAUGACACGUGACUGGGACCGUAAGAUCAAAGUAUUCUCAAGAUUCUUCCAAGAUCUCAAGCGUCAAAACCUCUUAUCCAACGGUUCUAAAUGUCUAUGCAUCGGAGCUAGAGUCGGACAAGAAGUGGUGGCGCUGAAACGUGUGGGAGUGAACGAUUCGGUCGGGAUGGAUCUUGUUCCGUAUCCACCGUUGGUUGUUCAAGGAGACUUUCAUCACCAGCCGUUCGAUGAUGAGACUUUUGAUUUCGAGUUCUCUAACGUGUUUGAUCAUGCGCUUUACCCGGAGAAGUUCGUUGGAGAGAUUGAACGGACCCUGAGACCAGGAGGUGUUUGUGUAUUACAUGUGGCUCUCUCUACACGUUCGGAUAAAUAUUCUGCGAACGACUUGUACAGUGUGGAGGCCUUGGUGAGGCUGUUUAGACGAUCGGAUGUGGUUCACGUACGAAAUGUUGACGGCCUUGGGUUGGAUACGGAGGUCGUUUUUAGGAAGAAAAGGGAUUCAUCAAAAUAGUCCAGUCUUGAAUUUUUUUUGCGUGUUUUUACAUUUAUUGUUUAUCUAUUCUGUUCCAUCGAAUCAUAUAAAAAUGGGAUGUGUUUUAAUAUCAUCGCUCGUAUAUAGAGUGUUCUAAUU